AUGACUUCUUGUGUUGGAUAUGCUUGGCGUUAUUUGGAACAACGUGCAGCACAAAAUUCAUCAACACAACCACCUAAACGUGAAUAUUCCUUUGUUGUUGAAAGUGAUGAAGAUGAUGAAUCUUUGUUGGGAUUUAUGAAAAAUGUAGUGACACAUAAAGAAUUAAUUCCUCCGCCUACAUAUUUAUCAGAUCAUAGACAAUUACAAAUAAGAAGAAAUCAAAUUGCUGGAAGAAUAAAUGUUGGGGGUGUUUCUUCUGACCCUCAUUCAACUGGUCUUCCGAGACAAAAACAAAAUACAGACGUUGCGAUGACUGCAAAUGCUUUUUCUGAUUUGGAUGCUAUAGCUGAAAUGGGUGCUGGUGCAGAUGAUCAAGAUUCUCAGUCACAAAUUAGUGGGCAGAAUACUCCUUGCCUUCCACAUUUUAAUAAUGAUUGUCCCCAAAUAAUGACGCAACAACCACAGACCGUAAAUCAGUCAACAAAAGAUUUUGACCAAAGAUUGAGUCGAAUAAAUCAAAUUAGUGGAAUUCAGCAACAAAAUUCCUUACUCCAACUCUCGCCUUUAGAACAACAACGAAUGUCGGCAUAUAGACAGCAACAACAAAAACUUUUAGCUGGUGUUAGUUCUUAUAGAAUGAUGCAACAAAAUCAAUCUAUUUUGCCCCAAUCUGGACCAGAAGUCUUUGAUUUUGACGACUCUUCUAAUUUUACGGGAGCUAUUAAUAGUCCAUCUUAUCAGUCUCCAGGUGGCCGUUGUCGUGGUAGAGGAAGACGUGGUGGUGGAAAUGUUGGGGAUAGACAACUUUCUUUUUCUUCAUUAGAAACUGAAAGUACUCCUGCUUCUCCUUCAGAUUUUCCCGGGAAAAAACGAGGCGUUUCUGGACAAAGAAAACCAAGAAAGUCAAGAACAAGAGAAAUUGCUUUGGCUUCUGAUGAAAAAUUGGCAUUUUCUUAUCAACAGGUUCCUUUCCAAACUCCACCUUACCAACGACAACAAUCAGUACUUCAGCAACAAGUUUCUAUGUCUGGUCAUCUUAAUUAUAAUAUUUCUUCAAACGAAGAGGAAGUUCGUUCAAGAAUGAUGACAGAAUAUGAAAUGGCUGCCUGUGAAUCAUUUUCCUCUGACGAAGAAAUGGAUCCUCCACCCCCGCCAAGAAAUUUGCAUCGAGAAUCAACUGAAACAGAAAAGGACAAUCAACAAGGAGAAAAAACAAAAGUUAAAGCAAAACAUUCUGGCUCUUGCGAGUCUCAAAUGGAUGAAACCAGUCAGCGAAAAAUUAAUGAAGAGUUUUCUUUGGCAGAAUUUUCGAAACAGCAAACAUCGUCUUCAUCAAAUAAUCAAUCAUACGAAAAAACGCAAAAACAACAUUUAAUUAAUUCUCAAUUAACUUCAACAACCUCUUCUUCCUCUUCAAAUUCUGCUUCUGUUGCUUCUUCGCCGCCACAGCAACGUCAAUCAGAAUUAAAUAAUUUACAUAAACUUAGUGGAGAUUUUUCAAAAGAUUCGAGAAAAACUUCAAAAACUUCUUUAAAAGAAAUUGAAGAUUUAAAAGAAAUUAAACAAGAAAUUAAAAUAAAUUCUGCAAAAAGUUUUAGCCCUUUUCCUGAAUAUUAUUUUGAAGAUUCUUCUACGCAAAAUAUAAAGAAAGAAUAUCUAACAGAAUCAAAAGAAGAGGAAAACAAAAAUAAGAUUCAACGACAACCAUCAGUAACAACAAUAAAGCCAGCAACAGAAGUAAAAACAAAAAAUAAAAAUUCAAAAAUAAAAGAAAAAGAACCUAAAAAAUUAUCAAAUCAAUCAUCAACAGAAGAUUUAAUAAAUAAAAAAGCAAAAAUUGUUUUAAAAAUAAAGCCACAAAGAGAGGGAGGAGGGGGAGGAAUACAACAACAACAAUCUAAAAUAAAUACAAAUAAUUCUUCAUCUUCCCCUUCUUCCUCAUCUUCAUCUUCAAUUUCAACAUCAAUAAAUAUUUCACAAACAGCAACAACAACAUUUCAACAAGCAAUGGAGCAACAACCAAUAGCAAGACUUUCAAGUAGUGGAGCCCCUCCAUCAAAAUUUAAACAACAACAAAAAAGUGGAGGAAUUAAAAGACCUGCAAUUGAAGAAAUUAUUGAAAAUGUUAAAUUAAAGAAAAGUAAAAAAGAAGGAAAAAAUUCCCCAACACAACAAUUAAAACAACAACAACAAUCAAAUAUAAAAAAUAUAAAAGAAAAUAAUAAAAAUAAAGAAGCUUUUCCACAAAUAGCGACAACUCCUUUUCCUAGUUUAAAAAAUUUUAAGAUACCAAAAGUAGUAGAAACAGACCCAGCCCCUCCUCCACCACCUCCUCAACAGCAACAAAACCUUUCACAACCAAAAACAGAACAACAACAAAAUCAAAGAAAUUAUUCUGGUGAAGGAGGGGGGAGAAUAAAUAAAUAUUCGACAGAAUCUUCCUCAAAUAAUCCUUCUUCUUCAUCAUCAUAUGGAGGGGGAGCAGGAGAUUAUAAUAGUAGAAAAUAUGGAGAAAAGAAAGGAACAACAACAACGGUAAAUAAUUGGGAUACUAAAACACAACAACAAACUAAUUAUUUACCUCAACAUAUUAGACAACAAAAAGGGCCAGUAAAGCCUAGCAAACAUCCAAAUGUUAAUGAUUCUAAUCGAAAUAAAAAAUUCACUGGAGGACCACCAAACCCGCACAAUGAAAGAAGAGGUCAUCCUCCUUCUGGCCCUACAAUCAAUAGAACCCAACAACAGCAACCUUCCCAACAACAAAAAUAUUACUCUUCUACUCCUCAACAACGUGAUAUACCUAAUUCCGGUUUUUCUCAAAAUUGGCAAUCUUACACAAAUCAGCAGCAACAACCACACAUACAACAAAAUCCUCAGAUACUAACAUUUUCUUCACAAAGAAAUUGGCCAACAAAUCAAAUCCCUCAAGGACGCCCUAAAACAAAUGUUUUGAGGUAUGAAGUUAAUUUACCUCAACAAGCUGGAAAUUCUCCUCAAGUUGAUGAUGGACAACUCCAAAUAGUUGAUGAAGAAUAA